UCGUCUGCGUAAAUCCAUAUAAGAAUCCUUGAAGGGAAGCGAGUGUGUUUUGGAGCUUCUUUUCAGAGCUCAUUCACACUUUACGUUUAUGACAAUAAUAAAAACAAUAUCAUCGGCGUCGUCUGUGUAAAAAACAACAGCAUUGCAAUAUUUUUAUGAAUCUUAUGACAAAGUAUUUACAUGUCUUCAAAAUCGGACAGUUCUGAAUGUUGAUGAUCAUAUGAAUUGGAAUUAAUAAGUUCUUUUUAGAAAUGGUAUAUUCCGUUGAAGAAGGGCGGUUUUUGAAGGCAGAUGAUAACUUUAGAAGGGCCUCGGAUAUGAUGGAGUCAAGUUCGAGCCCAACAAUGUACCCCGACAUGUGGCGUCCGGCUACCCCUGAUCGCUCUGAGAUAGCAUCCCGGUCACCUCUUAUGUUGAAUACCGGAAGUUAUAACCAACAAGGGGGAUACGACGCGGAUAACUUUCCAAAUAUUCUAACAUUUUCUCCACCCUACAAAGAAUUUACUGUAUUCAAAGAGAAACAAAACCAUGACGUCACAGACGCGCUUCUUUCACUGAAGAACGCUGUCGUGCACCCUUCAUUUGGAAGUCAGUUAUCACCACUUUCACCAGCAAUGCAUCUUGGUCCCUUAAACCCAAGUGGUUUAAACAAUCACAAUCAACAAUCUUUGACAUACACCGUGAACCAUGGCGGGCAAGUUCAUCCUAUGAGUUACUCCGGAAGAGGAAGUCCUCAGUACCCAUCGGUGCAUGCGCAGUUGCAUGGCGAACAUAUCAAUUCUCAGCAACCAAGCAUGUUUCCGGCGAUGAGUGUUAAUGUGUCAAUGAGCAUGAAUGUAGUUCCUCCAAAUUUCGGAAAUAAUUCAUGCAACCCUGUUCAGCAAUGGCAAUCGUCAUCUCAGCAUUACAACAUGGGUCAAGAAUACCAGCAUAGUCCCCAUGAUACAUCGUUCCAGUCCCAAUAUAGCCCAUACUCUCAGAGCUAUCACCCUCAACAUUAUUCUUUCUCGUCUGACUUCCGGUCGGGAGUUUCCGAGAAUAGGGGAUUUUAUUAUAAAAUGGCAGAUGAGUUCAGGACGGGACAGAGAUACUACUCACCGACGCAGUUUAAAAGUGGAAAGUUCAUAGAUGACAAACCACUUCAUCUUGCUCAUAGCCCGGAUCCAUCUAAAAUAAACUUGUGUCGCAUUUGCGGGAAAACAUAUGCGAGACCAAGCACUUUAAAAACUCACUUGCGCACUCAUUCCGGUGAAAAACCAUACAAAUGUAAUGCUUGCAACAAAUCGUUCUCACAGGCGGCGAAUUUAACGGCUCACUCGCGAACGCAUAGUGGCGAGAAACCAUUCCAUUGCCCAGUUUGUGACCGCCAUUUUUCCCAGAGUUCUUCAGUCACAACGCACAUGCGCACUCAUAGUGGAGAACGUCCUUACAGGUGUCGUCUGUGCAAGAAAGCAUUUUCAGACAGUUCAACAUUGACCAAACAUUUGAGAAUACAUAGUGGGGAGAAGCCUUAUCAAUGUAAACUGUGCUUGCUCCGGUUCUCUCAGAGUGGAAACUUAAACAGACACAUGAGAGUACACUCAAGUAAUGGUUGAUUAUAUUGAUAUGUACAUUUUGUCAUUUUUAACCUAAAAAAAACUAGAAACGCAUAAUUCAAGCUAGAUCGUGGUAAACAAAUUUUUCUACAUUUUUAUUUUUACAAAAUGUAAAAUCAGGAAGAUGUCUGUUGUUUAUAAAGAUAAAAGUGAAUUGACAAACAUUGAUAUUUAUAGAUGAAUUCACACACAACAAAAUACUGUGUUGAUCUCUGUUUGUUGUUAUUUAAGCUAUGUAAUAGUACAUGUAUAUUAAAGAUUCUAUGUUAUACACAAACUGGAGUUCAAAUGAUAUGAUGAAUA